CGGUGCGUAUUGUAGGUUAUUCAAUAGUUUUGCACUAUUUCAUUGAUUUUCGCGUAAAAAUUCCACAAAAAACACAACCCGCUAAUCAAAGACGUUAUAAAAUCUUUUCAGAACAUCAUUAAAUCCAAAAGUUUGUUUAGGCCAGUAAAUCAACAUGCGUCACAUUUAACGGCACCACCAUGUUCUUCCUUUCGAUCCUCUACAUGUACUCGACAUUAAUGCAAUGGUGGCGCCUGGGGGCGUUAAAGAACAAACUCCGUGGCACCCUCAACGCCCAAAACGCCCUGCUCGUCUGCAAGGACACCGUCAUCCACGACCCGAAGCGUCCGCGUUGCUUCGAAAGUCUGCUGUUCAAGAACGGCGACCGCAUCGCCUGCACCAUCGUGCCGAAGCGCAAAGUCAAUCUGUCGCAUUGGGCGACGUUCCCGAACGACGCGGACGGAUUUCCGAUACGUUUCGAACGUUACGCGCACACCAACGAGCCGCCGUGCCUGUACGUGCUGGUCCACGCGCUGCUGGACCGCUACCACAGGCACCGGGGCGCCGUGCUGCGGCUGGAGACGUUCGGCGACCUGGUGGCCUGGAGGACCGUCGACAAUUUCGAGGCCAUCCUCAAGACCGACGUGCACAAGCUGACCACGUUCGUCAAUUGCUUCGCCGAGAACGACAACGUCGACAUCAAUCAUGAGCUGCAUCUCCUCAAAAUUGAAACCGUGGACGUGGAAGGCCACGCCGUCAAGAUGAAACCGACGAAAAAGUUCACCUUGGACAUGCAGAACAAGUACUCCCACUCGCCGGUGCACUGGAGGAAGUUCUCCAGCGACGUGCGGGAUUUAUACGCGAAAUCGAGGCAAGAAACAAACCCGAAGAUCACGAUACAAAGCGGCUCCGUUAAGUCGGACGAGGGCGGCAAGAAGACCAAGGAGGCGAAAAAGGAGGACAGGAACACGCUGGACGUGAGCGCCAGACGGCACAAGUCCAAGGACAAACACAAGGAGAAAAAGGAGCUGAACCACAAGGAGGCGAAGGUUAGACACAAGGAGGAGGUAAAAGAGAACGGCAUUAAAAAGGAGGACGUGCCGAAAGUGAUUGUGGUGACUCCAUCACAAGAAAAGACUGAAGAAAGCAAAUCCCACGAUAAAACCAAAAAAGAAGCCAAAGCUAAAACGGUAUUUGAGGACAAGACUGAAGAAAAACCCGACAGGAAUAAGAGGGCAACGUCGGAGGACAAGACCAAAGAGAGGCGCAGCAGGAAGAAGCUCAAGGAGGCGUUCCAGAGUGAGUCGCUGUCCAAGAAGGUCGACGAGCCCGGUCCUUCGAACGAAAGCCAGCCGGAGGCGGAAGCGGAAACGGAAAUGAACGGGCACGCAGUCAUUAAGCCGCCGAACAUACUCGUCUAUGCGGACAGUCCCAUAGCGAAGCAAAACGUCAAAGACGUCCUCCAGGACAUGCUUAACAAGGAGAAGUACACGUUGUACGACUUGCCCACAAAUCCAUCGUCGCAAGGCUGGAACUCAUCGACGGUUCUGGUGGUUGUUUGCGGUACCGUACCGGCGAACCUGGUCAACAACUUGUUGCAGUACUUGGUAACUGGUGGUCAGUUGUUGUGCCUCUGCAGCGACCUGUUGUACAGCGUGCUGCACACCUUCACGACCGCUGAAGUACGCGAGCACGAACUGGUACGGUUCUCGUACGACCAGUGGAAGCAGGUCAAAAUGAUGCACCACAUUUUCUGCUACCAGGCGUCUCCGGCCAAAAAGCAGUUCUCCAAAGACUCAGACCACUCGAAUCCCGGAAGCGGCAACGGUUCAAGCCCGAUAGCUCCAAGAACUCCCACGUCCGUGGAGAUCCAGCACAACGGCAAAGACUAUCUGAUACAGGUGCAGGUCUUGGGGGCGGAAGAAACGUGGCAAACUCCUAGCUUGUUGAAGGCGACGGUCAAAGGUACGAAGGGCAGGGCCAUAUUUUCGCAGGUGCACCUGGAAAUAAACCCCAACCAGUACGAGGAGGACGAGAACAAGUUCGCCGCCUUGAAAGAGAGCGACCAGGCACGGCUGGAGAUAUUCAAAGACAUUUUAACCAAACACCUGGACAUUGACUGUGGUUCCUACACGGCUCUUCCUUACACACCUGCUUACUUCCUAGGCAGACACGAUCUCAAGCUCAACAUGUUGUCCCAGUGCCCGGGGAUUGAAAACAACCUGUUGACCACGGAAAAACUGACGGUGCACUUCUGUGGCAAAGACGUGGCCCCAGACAAUCCGACCAGUAAAAACUUGCCGGUCUUGGUGCACUCGUGUCCGCAGAACUUCUCCACCGUCAAUUACUUUGAAUCCCUUAACACGGAAACGAUAGGAAGACUGGUUAUUUACUCUGACGUCAUGACGAGUUCACAAGACUUGCUUGAGAAACCUUUGGCCCACGGUUUGGCUAUCAUUCCCAGGCAACAGACCCACGGCGUUGGUCGUUCAAACAACACUUGGAUUAGCCCAAUCGGCUCAGCAAUGUUCUCACUGCAGCUCCACAUGUCCCUGGACAGCCCCUUGGGCAAAUCUUUGCCUCUGGUACAACACAUGGUGAUGGUGGCAGUUGUGGAAGCAAUCAAAUCAUUCAAUGGCUGUGAAUACCUGAAUGUCGGAAUCAAGUGGCCCAACGACUUGUACGCAAGCGGCAACAUUAAAAUCGGCGGUCUGGUCGUCAAGUCCAUACUGCAGGGUAAAAGUGCCGUUGUGAACGUGGGUGUGGGCGUUAACUUGAACAAUUCGAAUCCGACCACGUGCCUAAACGACCUGAUCAGAUUGGAGAACAUGAAUUUCAACAGCAACAUUCCAUACAUAUCAUACGAACGUUAUUUUGCGACGGUCUUCAAUCAUGUUGAGAAGAUUUUCAACAUUGUACAGGGCGGCGAUAUGGAUUACUUUUAUGAUUUAUACUACCAGUGCUGGUUACAUAAGGAUGCCAAAGUGACGAUUCAAACCAGCGAGGGUGAACGUAAGAAGGUUAACAUUAAAGGGAUUGAUGAGUAUGGUUUUUUGAGUGUGGAAACCGACGAUGGAGUUGUGAGCAGCGUUCAGCCGGACGGCAACACCUUCGACAUGAUGAAAGGGUUAAUAGCUCCGAAGAUAUUUUGAAACUAUUUUUUAGCGACUAAGCAUUUUUAUUAUUUCUUUCGAUUGGUGUUAGGCCUUUCUUCGAUUCUUGCGGAGAUACUGGCUAGUUUUACUGUGAUUUACAUAUACUUGUAGAAUUGUUUUGCUGUUGUGAAUUUUCUAGCUUUGUUUUUUUACGAGUCAUUUUUAUAACUUCCAUGUUGUCAUUGCCUACAUUCCAAAAAAAAAGUGUGUGUUCAGUGUUGUUCAAAAUGAAAAUUUUUCAAUAGUCUAUCCAUUGUUAAAUAAAUCUAUUUCUAUUUA